CCGGGUGCACCCGGGUACGCAAACACAGCGAAGCCUAUGGUUUUCUUCCGAAUUGAUUUUUAGCCGGAAAUAGAAUUGACGUUGCAGUUAUCCUCAAUAUUUCACCAUGCAAUUCCCAUUCGACCGACGUGUCUGCAUCGAGAACAUCGCGUCACGUAACUCUCGGUCCGCACGUGUAAGAUGACCUAUCGUAGAUUAUAGUCCGUUCUCGGAGUCCGGCGCGUUUUCUUAUAUUGACAUUGCGCACGACUCCGACUUGCGGACGUGAGACGUCUCGUACAAUACCAGUUUCAAUUGUUGUGUUUAUUGCACCCGGCCCUAUCAGAGAUUGAGCGUUUAAUCGUUAUCUGCUUUCGGUGGUUCCUGAAUUCCUCUACUUACAAUCAGGCCUUCCAAUUCUUGUCCAACCUUUCUCGCCGUGACAUAAAUUUGAAAUUUUCAUGAAUUUCUUUAAUUCAACACCCCACCAAUUUGGUAUUCGCAUUUCAAUAGCCUGAUUGCGAGUCGCUUGACUUAUCACUCGGAGUGGACUGUGAAUCGGAGUUUAAAAAACACCUACGGAUUAGCUUUAAUUUCACAAAGCAAACACCGCGCUCAGUGCUCCCUCACUCUUCCUGGUGCAACAUUCGAUUUGUUUUUUACCGGUAAUAACAACAGAUAAGUUACUCCGACAAGGUGUGGAUAUACCUCGAGUGCUGUGUGAACAGCCGCUGCAGUCCGUUCUGCGUUAUCAGUCACCGAAUGGUUAUUGUACCGGACGCAUCUAUAUCGGUUACCUGCUAUGGAUAUUAAAAAAUUAUAACCAGAGCUCGAUCGCGUUUCGGGUCGUGUUUAAAAACAAAUAAAAAAAAAAAAUAUACAUAACAACGGAAAGAAUCUGGUUUUAAUCUUGUUUAGAUCAGUCGUCGAAUUAUCGUUCACAGUGCUUUUCCGGAAAGUAUAAACUCUUUCAUUUUACAAACACGAUAUGCAAGUGUUGUUUCAGGUGCUGAUUUUCAACACGUUUCAACGAUUUUCUCAAUAGAAUUUGAACGUAUUUCUAUACCUGUAAUCGUAAAUGACGAACGUGAUAUAUACACUGUAUAAUCGUAGUUUAAACAUACGAGUCGUGUGAAAAGAAACUAAACUAUGACCGCGUCCGUGUGUGAAUGGAAAAACAGUGCGUGACUGACAAGCUGUGCGCGUUUCUAAUAUCUAAUCCUCCUUUAACUAAAUUAGUAUUAUUCUGUAAUUAAUUUUUUAAUAAUGAAGAGCAGUGCGAACGGUUUUCGGUAUCAGCAGCUAAAAAACGACAGUUUGUGGGAUGUGGAAGAUGACGCUGAUUUUGAAAGCACGACGCAUCUGGUGCGGGUCCCUCGAAUACCAGAUGCUAACCACCGUACACCGAGCACGUCUAAAAUCAAAAUCACUAUUGAAGGGAUGAGCUGUCAGAGUUGUGUGAGAAAUAUCGAAGGAACUAUAGGUGCCCGAAACGACGUUGUAAAUAUUAGAGUGGUCCUAGAAGAGAAAGCAGGUUAUAUUGAAUACAAGAAUAAUGAAACUACAGCACAAGAAUUAGCAGAAGCAAUUGAAGACAUGGGCUUUGCCGCAUCUCUACCUUUACUAACAAACGAUACUGCAAGUGAGGAUAUUUUAAAACCUGCAAUAAGUACGUGCAGUAUACACAUUGACGGCAUGACUUGUGGGUCUUGCGUUAAAAGUAUAACAAGUGUAAUCUCAGAAAAGGUAGGAGUGAAAGAAAUCGAUGUCAGCCUAGACGCUAAAGAGGCAAAAGUAUCCUUCAGCAGUGGUGAUGUAACUGCUGAUCAAAUAGCAACUUAUAUUGAAGAGAUGGGGUUUGAUGCAUUUGUUAAGGAAGUUAAUGGACAAUUGAAAAAACCUCAUGCUGAUACUGGAACGAAUAAUAACUUGAAAAACGGAGACGUAAUUGUGCAAUUGAACGGCGGAGGUGACAUUGUAAUUGACGCUGUACAUUUAUCGAAAUGUUUUUUGCACAUCAAGGGAAUGACGUGCGCAUCUUGUGUUGCUGCCAUUGAAAAACACUGUAAAAAAUUGUAUGGGGUAGACAAUAUUUUAGUCGCCCUAUUAGCUGCAAAAGCUGAGGUCAAAUAUGACCCAGAAAAAAUAGCACCAGCUGAUAUUGCUUCCAGUAUCUCUGAUCUCGGCUUCCCAGCGUCUUUGAUCAAUGAACCCGGUUCUGGAGAAGGAGAAGUUGAGCUGAAGAUUGCAGGAAUGACGUGUGCCUCGUGUGUCAAUAAAAUAGAGUCUUCCGUGAAGAAGUUACCUGGUGUAAACUCUGCAGUGGUUGCGCUCACGACUCAACGUGGAAAGUUCAAAUAUGAUCCAGAGCAAACUGGUGUUAGAAACAUUGUCGAAAGUAUCAACAAAUUAGGUUUCACUGCUAGUUUAUUUAGCAAUAAAGACAAAGAAAAUAGAGGCUAUCUGGACCACAAGGAAGAGAUUCAGAAAUGGCGUGUUGCAUUUUUGAUAUCAUUGAUAUUUGGUGUGCCGUGCAUGAUAGCAAUGACGUACUUCAUGUUAGUUAUGUCUUUAGGUGAGAAAACUCACCACGAUAUGUGUUGCAUAAUACCCGGUCUUUCGUGGGAAAAUCUGAUUCUUUUUGUCUUCUCAACUCCCGUCCAGUUUUUUGGCGGCUGGCAUUUCUAUGUCCAAGCCUAUAGGGCACUCAAACACGGAUCCACUAACAUGGAUGUUCUCAUCUCGAUGACCACAACGAUAUCGUAUGUUUACUCAGUUGCCGUUCUAACUGCGGCGAUAGCAAUGCAGCAGCAAACUAGUCCGCAAACUUUCUUUGACACCCCACCAAUGUUGUUAGUGUUCAUUAGUUUAGGAAGAUGGUUGGAGCAUGUUGCUAAGGGAAAAACGUCUGAAGCCCUGUCCAAAUUAUUAUCUUUGAAAGCAACGGAAGCAACCCUCGUUACGUUAGGUGCCAAUAAUGAAAUACUUUCAGAGCGUUUAAUAAGUAUUGAUUUAGUGCAACGUGGGGAUACACUAAAGGUAGUUCAAGGUGCCAAAGUCCCAGUUGACGGUAAAGUUAUCUCAGGUCAUUCGACGUGCGAUGAAAGUUUAAUUACUGGUGAAAGCAUGCCAGUGCCAAAAAAGACUGGAUCUUCUGUUAUUGGAGGGUCAAUCAAUCAAAAUGGACCACUAAUAAUUACGGCCACUCACACCGGAGAGCACACGACUUUAGCACAGAUCGUUCGUUUGGUUGAAGAAGCUCAAACAAGCAAGGCACCUAUCCAACAAUUAGCUGAUAAAAUAGCCGGAUAUUUUGUACCUUUCGUUAUUGCUGUCUCAACAAUAACUUUGAUUGCUUGGACGGUUGUUGGCUACGUUGACAGAAGCAAAUUGCCAAUACCUGACGACGACUACAUAAAGAAAAACGGCGGGAACAGAGAGGAACUAAUUUUCCAGUACGCAUUUCGGUGCGCCUUAUCGGUGCUUGCCAUUGCGUGUCCUUGUGCCUUGGGUCUGGCCACACCAACUGCAGUAAUGGUUGGCACUGGAGUUGGAGCAUUAAAUGGUAUACUGAUCAAAGGAGCAGAGCCACUUGAAAAUGCACACAAAGUUAAGUGUAUUGUCUUUGAUAAGACUGGAACUGUCACACACGGUGUACCUAUCGUAACUAGAAUUGGCCUGUUUGUUGAUGACAAAGUUUGCUCCAUUGCCAAACUCCUCUCAAUAGUCGGAACUGCGGAAGUCAAUAGUGAACAUCCAAUUGCGUCAGCUAUUGAAAGGUACGUGAAACAAACAAUUGGAACGGAAGUGAACGGGCAGUGUACAAAUUUUCAAGCAGUCCCUGGAUGUGGUCUGAAGUGUAAAGUGUCUCAUCUUUCUGUCAUGAUGUCACAUGCCGUAAAGUCAGAGAAGGUUGUUAAUUACACAAACCAAGCCAGAAAUGCAACAACUGGGACAUUUAAUCUGAACGGCGUACCUGUGGACAUCGUGCUAUCAGCUGGUUCCGUUCAGGAAAGACAGAACUUGGAUUUACAAUUAUUAUUAAGUCCAGAUACUCACGGAGAUCAAACUGAUUCUAACGAUGUAUAUGAAGUUGCGAUAGGAAAUAGAGAAUGGAUGAAGAGGAAUGUAAUUAAUGUACCAACAGACGUUGACUUGAGAAUGUCCGAUGAAGAAGACUUAGGUCGCACUGCUGUUUUGGCGGCUGUAAACGGAACCUUAGUUGCUAUGAUCAGCGUGGCUGAUACUGUGAAGUCUGAAGCACAUUUAACAGUCUAUACAUUAAAAAAAAUGGGACUUGAAGUUAUUCUGUUGACUGGUGAUAACAGAAAAACUGCCGCAUCUAUAGCUAGGCAGGUUGGUAUCAGUAGAGUUUUUGCAGAAGUAUUACCGUCACACAAAGUGGCAAAAAUUCAACGAUUGCAAGAACAAGGAUUAAGAGUAGCAAUGGUUGGUGACGGUGUAAAUGAUAGUCCAGCUCUUGCCCAAUCGGAUGUUGGUAUUGCGAUCUCAUCCGGAACUGAUGUUGCUGUAGAGGCAGCUGAUGUUGUAUUGAUGAGAAAUGAUUUACUCGACGUUAUUGCUUGCCUGGAUCUCUCACGAAAAACUGUUCGCAGAAUACGAUUAAACUUUUUAUUUGCUAGUAUAUAUAAUUUGUUGGGUAUUCCAAUUGCGGCUGGAAUGUUCAGUCCUCUAGGAUUUACUCUGCAACCCUGGAUGGCUUCAGCAGCUAUGGCACUGAGUUCAGUAUCCGUUGUUGGAAGCUCGCUCAUGCUGAAAUUAUAUCGUAAACCAACGAGACCAGAAUUGGAAACGUCGGAAUAUAUUUCGGCAAUGCAAGCUUACUUUGCUGCCAGAAGUAUGGACCUGGACACAAUAUCUAUACAUCGUGGUGGAGACGACGAAACAAUACCCGCAUUACUGAGAUCAUCUUCCACAUUAUCAAGGUUGUUCGGAAGGCCAAAAAAUACAGAGGGUAGACUUCUCGGGGAUGACAGCGAAGAUGUUGAUUUCGCCAUAGAUUUUGCUGGCAAUAAGAAAGACAAAAAAAAUUCAACAGAAAUGACUCCGUUAUAAACGAGGUAAAUGUUGUUGCUGUGAAGCUUGUGCUAACGUGACCAUAAUUUUAUUCAAUAUUUAUUCUCGAGUUGAACAAACAUACAAUUUUUUAUGAAAAAACUAACAUGCAUAACUUUUUAUAGCCCUAUAUCAAUGAUCUGAUCGUCAGCUGAUAAAAGCAGUAGCUAUAUGUGAUCAUGGUAUGUCUAGUUAUUACUACCAUUCGGACUCAUUUUAAGUAAUGUAAAAAUUUGAACACUUGAAUGAUUGGAUAAACUCAUGACUGUAACUAGCUAGAAACAAAUUGUGACGAAAUAUGUGCAAUCCCUAUCGAUAGCUGGAAAUGAGGGACCCAGUGCGAAUUAAGUGUGGAUAAGAAUUUUUGUAUGAAAGACAUUUUUUGGGGAGCACACUUUAAGUGUUGUUACAAAAAUAUUGUAAGACCUCUUUUGCUAAUUUUGUUCACUUGACGAAAACAUAUUACUUAGUACUUAAUUAAUUUUUGAGUGGUGAUAGACAGUAACAACAUUAAAACAACAUAGAUAUCCUGACUAAUAAUGAUUGGAUGAAAUAAGAUGCGUGGCCACAUUCACAAUGCUUAAACAAAAGCUUGGUGACACAAAGUGCAAAAUCCAGGCAUUAGGGGAAUGGAAUGAGGUGUGUUUUACACUGCAUCAUAGCAUGUUAUCUUGUAGCAAGACUGCAUUUAGCACACACGAUCUUUUGUAAUUAUGUAAAUAUUUAAAUAUUUUGUAUAAAUAUUGACUGCCAUAAUUUAGUCGGGAUAUUAUUUUAUCAAUUGUAAAAAAUGACGCACAUGAAUUAUCAGAGAAAUACUUUAAAAUUGAAUAGGAUAUUUUUGGCAUAAAGCAGCAAUAGCAGUUUUCUUACUUGAUUAACGACUGUUUUUAAUUGAAUCACUUUUCUGUACACAUGUUUCCAUUAUUUUGCGACUCAUUCUAUCUUGACUGCCAAAAAUUUGAAGUUUUAUCUUUUAAAUCAUUACCAAGUAUUAAAAUAAUGUUAAAAUUUAAUGAUGUCUUACGAUUAACUAUCCAAUACUGUAAAAAAUUGUCCAUGAAAAAGUAUCUAUUGACAAAGUGUAAUAAUUUUCAGUUCUAAUUAUUCACAUCAUUCACAAUAUCUCACGUAUUGUUUUUCAUAGUUCAUGUAAAUUAUUAUUAUUACUGAAUUCUAUUAUAGUUCUGACUCGUUUCACCAGAAACCCCCAGUCAGUGACCUGGUCUAGUAUUAAGUGCCCUGACCAAAUUAAGCAUCAAUUAAAUCAAACUUUCCAAGUCAAGUUUAUGACUGUAGAUUUUCAAUUACACUUUUUUGCUAUAUACCACUUUGUUAUUUUUUAGGUAAAGCUCAUCUCAUAGAUUAUUGGAUGAAAUUUUAGAUUUUAACUGAUUACUUGCCAAAACUUUAGAGUCUAUCAUCGACCUGUGACAAUAAAAUUGUUCUAAGGUAUUGUUUUUUUUUUCAUUGUUUAACUUCAUUGUACUUUUUAGUUACUGUACCAUUUCAGAAUCCGAAAUAUUCAAAUUCACAGAUUACUGACAAUGGAUUUGCUGUCUGUUUAUAUUCAAUGUUGACCAUUGGGUAUUUUUAAGUCAUUACAGUAUCUGUACCUCCAAAUAUUUUAUAAAAAAAUAAUUUUUUAUUGACAAUAAAAAGAAGUAUUUUUA